AUGGCGAUGCUUAGAAUGUAUAAUAAGGAAAAAGAAGUAUCAAUUUAUGCAACAAGCGAAAAAUUAUUGUAUAAACCUAAACCGUUUGGUUGUCAAGAUCAAGUUAUUGAUGAAUCUGAUGAUGAAAAUGAGACAAAAUUGAUUUCUCCAAGUCAAGGAAGCUCUCGUAGUGUUCAUAGUUCCGUUAAUGAAUACGAGCUUCUAAAUUAUGUUGAAACUUAUGCAUAUUGUAAGAUAAAUCCAUUUAUAAAAGUAAAUUCUAAAUUCCCAAGUGUAAUUGUUUUUAGAAGAGCAUUAUACCAUUAUGCACUAACAAAUGAAUUUGAGUAUGCCAUUGAGAAAAUUGAUCUGACAAGACUUACAUCAUGUUAUGGAGAUAAAAAGUGCAAGUGGAGAAUUCAUGUUAAGAAAUUUGUAGAUACUCAUUCUUGUACCCGAAGCAACAAGUGUGGUAACAAACAUGCCACUCAAGGAUGGAUUGCUGAUGUUGUAACCAACAAGUUGAAAUCUGAAGGCGAUGUCUCUCCUACCGACCUAAAAAAGUGGCUUAUGCAUACCUAUAAUGUUGAAGUACCAUAUAUAAGAGUCUUUAUAGGAAUUGAACAAGCUUAUACCGAUAUGUUUGGCAAAUGGGAUGACUCUUAUGAAAAUAUAUAUGAUUUCAAACAUGAACUUGAAAAGAGAAACCUAGGAAGUGUUGUGGAAAUUUAUUUACAAAUAGUAGGUGACAAGAAACAUUUUCUACGAUUUUUUAUAUUAUUAACAACAUGCUCCAAGGGGUUUCUUGUUGGUUGUCGUUCUUACAUUGGGCUUGAUGCUUGUCAUUUCAAAGGGAAAUUUAAUGGUGUGUUAGCCAUUGCCACAAGUACAGACGGUAACAAUGGUAUGUUUCCAGUAGCCUAUAGUGUGCUUGAGUUAGAGAAUACAAAAUCAUGUACUUGGUUUCUCAAGUCACUAGAAAAAGCGAUUGGUACACCUAAUGGUCUUGUUAUCUCCUAUGACAUGCAAAAAGGGUUGGAAGUAGCUAUUACAGAGGUUUAUCCUAAUAUUGAGCAUCGAGAAUGA